CUUAUUAGUCAUCCCUUCGGCUUAAUGAGACCCAUUGAAAAGGCACAGUAGAACACCUGCAUGAAUCAAACAUUCCUGAAUCUCUCCAGAAGAGUCUUACUUUUGCUUAAACGCGGGCAAGGAAAGGGGGUCGUGGCUUAACAUUAGCCAAUAAGGGGGAUAUUACAGUAUCGCUUCAUGGGUUUAUUUAGACUGAUUCUACGGUUUGACAAGCAGCUGUAAAGAAAAAAAAAACAGAAAGAGAAACUCGGGAAGAUUUUAUAGAGGAGCAUUGUGGACCUACGAAUUUUAUUCUUAUCUAAUUUAUAUCUAUCCAUUGCUCUUUAUAUAUUUUUAUCACUCCUGAAAAUGAAACUUUGGACUUUUCCCUGGCUGCCUUGCCUGGUGAUACUCAUCUUAUGUUUUGGAUCAGAGUGCGGGACUGUCCGGAGAAAGGGGAGAUCCAAAAGGGACUUGGUGCGUAUCAGGGAGGCGAAAGCCACCUUCCCAGGGGCUUGUGCCACACGUCUGCCGCGGGGCAAACGCUCCUUGCCCGGCAUGGAACGACGGGUGCCUCGCCAGCGUCGGCGCUCCUCUCAGGCGGAGGAGAACUCUCCAAGUCGGGUGAAAGCUGUUUAUUUUACCGGCAGGGGAGACCAACUUCGGCUUAAACCGGGCGUGGAGAUACCGAGAGGGAAUUUUACUCUGGAGAUGUGGAUCAAACCAGAGGGAGGUCAACGAUCUCCUACGGUGAUUGCAGGUCUGUACGAUAAGUGUUUCUACGCCUCCAGCGACCGGGGUUGGCUGCUGGGCAUCCGGGCAGUCAGCGAGCAGGGCAACCGUGACCCACGCUUCUUCUUCUCCCUAAAGACGGACCGUGCCCACAAGGUCACCUCCGUCCACUCCAACGCCCGCUACCUGCCCAACACCUGGGCCCACCUGGCAGUCACCUACGACGGGCUCUACAUGAAGCUCUACGUCAACGGCGCCCAGGUGGGCGUCAGCCGUGAACAGUCGGGCAACGUCUUCAGCCAUCUGACCAAGAAGUGCAAGGUGCUGAUGGUGGGCGGGAACGCUCUGAACCAUAACUACCGGGGGACUGUGGAGAGGGUAAGUCUGUGGAGGGAGGCCCGGGGACAGAGGCAGAUAAUCAGGGACAUGCAGGGUCACGAAAAUCCUCAAGAUGCACCUCUGCUGGUGAUCAGGGAGACCUUUGAACACCCUGCCCGGAAGUGGCUGACGGUGAAGGAUGGGAGCUUCCCCCAGCCAGAGGAGGGUUGCAGCAGGGUGGGGCAGGCUGGAGUAGGGGUAGGAGAAGGUGGAACUGGAGGGUCUCUGGACACUACCCUGGAACCCCCGCCCUGUGGUCAAACUGUCUGCGACAACGUGGAAGUGGUGACCAACUACAACCGCACCUGGACCUUCCGUAAGUCCAAGACGGUGCGUUACCGUGUGGUCAACGUGUGGGACGACGCUCGGCGCCGGCCCACCGUCACACCUCGUCAGAUCCACCUGCAGCACCAGCAACUCAACAACGCCUUCGCCGUCUACAACAUCACCUGGGAGCUGAGCGUCCACAACGUCACCAACUCCUCGCUGCGCCACCGUCUGGUCCUGGCCAACUGUGACAUCAGCAAAGUGGGUGACGAGGCGUGCGACCCAGAGUGCAACCACACGCUGACGGGUUUAGAUGCGGGUGACUGUAUUAGGCACCGUAGCCACUGCCCUCAGUCCAAGCAGGGCAACGGGGUGUGCGACCCCGAGUGUAAUUGGGACAACUUCUUCUACGACAACGGAGACUGCUGUAACCCCAAUGUGACGGAUGUGACCAAGACCUGCUUCAACCGCUCCUCUCCACACAGAGCCUAUUUGGAUGUAAAGGAGCUGAAAGAGAUCCUGAAUCUGGAUGGCUCCACUCACCUGAACGUCUUCUUUGCCAACUCCUCUGAUGAAGACCUGGCUGGAGUCGCUACUUGGCCGUGGGACAAAGAAGCAUUAACACAUUUGGGUGGCAUUGUUCUGAAUCCCUCCUUCUACGGCACAUUUGGUCACAACCACACCAUGAUCCAUGAGAUCGGCCACAGUCUCGGGCUGUACCACGUGUUCCGGGGGAUCUCAGAGAUUGAGUCCUGUAACGAUGCAUGUCUGGAGACUGAGCCCUCGUUGGAGACAGGAGAUCUGUGUGAAGACACUAACCCCACGCCCAAGUACAAGCACUGCAGAGACCCUGAGCCUGGCAACGACACCUGCGGGCGUCGCCACUUCACAAACACACCGUACAACAACUACAUGAGCUACGCAGAUGACGACUGUACGAACUCUUUCACCUCCAACCAAGUUGCCCGGAUGCACUGCUACCUGGACCUGAUCUACCAGACGUGGCAGCCCGAUCCCAAGCCACCCCCUGUGCCCAUGGCACCCCAAGUGGUGGAGCAAGAGCAUGCCGCCAUUACCCUGGAGUGGUUCCCGCCUAUUUCCGGCCACUUCUACGACAGAGAAGUGGGAUCAGUGUGUGAUAAAUGCACAGAGGGCCGGGUACUGAUGCAGUACGCAUCCAACUCCUCGUCCCCCCGACCCUGCGCCCCCUCUGGACACUGGAGCCCCCGCGAGGCCGAAGGACCUCCAGACGUGGAGCAGGCAUGUGAGCCUAGCGUGCGUACCUGGAGCCCCAACGCCGGCAUCGAGCAGUGGGUUGUGGGGCUGUCUGAGUGCCCCCUGCAGGGUUGCAUGCUCCAGCUGGAGUUCCCCCACCCACUAGUACCCGACUCCCUCACCGUGUGGGUCACCUUCUUCAGCCCCGAGGAGAUGGCCCUUCCCGCCAUCCACAACAUCCUGCUCCUGACCGUCAGUGGAAACAACCUCUCGUUGGGUCCUAGUAACGUGUUCUGUGAUGCGCCGCUGACGCUGAAGCUGGACGUGGAGGAGGAGGUGUACGGCGUGCAGUUCUUCACCAUGGAGCAGCAUCUGGAGAUUGAUGCCACCCUACUGGCGUCCAAGCCCGACUGCCCGCUGUGCCGCCACUGCAAGCCACUCAUCCACCGACUGCUGCGUCAGCCGCCAUUCUCCCAUACCCCCCAUGGCGUGCUGUUGAACAACCCUGCCAGGCGAUACACUGACAGGGACGUGGUACCAGGCAGCGUGUACACCUACCAGGUCCAAACCAUCUCCGCCCGCAGUGAAAGUGAACCGUCUCCACCCCUCACCCAUCAGAUUGGGGCACCAUACUGCGGAGACGGACACGUCCAGAGGUAACUUGGAGAGGAGUGUGAUGAUAUGAACUCCAUGAAUGGAGACGGCUGCUCCAGCCAGUGUGAGAAGGAGCCCUUCUUCAACUGUGUCGAGGAGCCCAGUAUGUGUUACUUCUACGACGGGGAUGGAGUGUGUGAGGACUUUGAGCGGGAGACCAGCGUGAGGGACUGUGGCCUGUACACCCCCAGUGGGUUCCUGGACCAAUGGGCCACAACCGUACUGGUGUCCCACCAGGAGAGUCUCUACUGCCCAGCCGAGGUGGCCGCCGGCUACCCUGCCGUCACUAAAACAUGCCAGUCCAAGGUAUUUGACCUUUCUGACGGAGUGUCCCAGUACGCCUGGUUCCCCUGCAGAGAGGCCCUGCAGUCCUCCAGAUACCCUCAGUACUGGCUCAAGGCCAACUUCUCCCACCCCAUGGUGGCUGCUGCUGUGAUAAUCCACCUAGCUGCAGAUGGUACGGGCUACAUCGACCAGACGCAGUGCAACAUCACUGUUAAACUGGUGGACACCAAGGAGGUCAUCCACAGCUUAGGCGAUUGGCGUCUGAGCUGCAGGACCAACCCCCUGGUAAUCCCAGUGAGCCAUGACCUGAGUGUGGCCUUCUACCACACCAAGGCCAUCCUGGUCGAGUUCCGCUCCCACCUGGUAGCCAUCUCUGGCGUGGGCCUGCGCUCCUUCCAGUUCUUUGACCCAAUCACCAUCAGCGGGUGCCAGAGCAACGAGAUCUACAACCCCAUGGGUCAGAGCUGUGUCCAUUACUCGUGUGAGGCCAUCGACUGCCAGGAUCCGCUGAUCCGCAAUGCAGAGCUCAAGUGCAGCAGUCUGGGCUUCUUCAACGGAGCUCGCUGCACCAUCACCUGUAACUCUGGCUACGUCCUGCAGGUCCACAGAGACGAUGACAUCAUCAAGACUCAGUCGGACUCAACAGCGACCAUCACCUGUGCAGAUGGAAAGUGGAAUAAGCAGGUGUCGUGUGAGCCAGUAGACUGUGGCCUACCAGACAAGUACCACGUCCACCCAGCCCACUUUAACUUCCCUGAGGGAACUACUUAUGGCAAGAGGAGUACCUUCCAGUGCAGGGAGCCUGCCCAGCUUGUAGGUUCUAACAACACCCUGACGUGUCUGGAGGAUGGUCUGUGGUCGUUCCCCGAGGCGCUGUGUGAGCUGCGCUGUCCGGCAUCGCCCCAUGUGCCCAACGCCAUGCUGCAGACCAAGCGCUGCAACGACACAGGCCUCAAAGUGGGCUCCCUCUGCAAGUACAAGUGCAAGCCGGGCUACCACGUCACCAACAAGCCCAAAAGGCGAGCAUUUAAGCGUCAGUGCACAGAGGACGGCAGCUGGCUGGAGGGGGCGUGCGAACCGGUGACCUGUGACCCUCCGCCCGCCAUCUUCCACGGCAUGUACCAGUGCACCGACGGCUUCCGCUUCGACAGCACCUGCUGGAUCAACUGCCCCAGAGCCAACCACACGGUGAGACCGCUGCACUCCGCUCCAUGCAAGCAGGGGCCCAGCACCAAUGUGAUCCGUUGUAGGAAGGACGGCAACUGGACUGGUUCCUUCAAGCUCUGUCCUCAGAGCAAGGGACAGUGCUCUCUACCUCAAAACCUUAACCCUAGCAUACGAGUCAGCUGCAAGAAGGGACAUGGAAUAGGUGAGGAGUGUGAGCUGACGUGCAGGGACAAUAACAGCGACGUGGUGAUCCUGCUUAGCAACAUGACCGCAGACAGCAUGCGCAAGGAGCACUGGAGAAACCCACCCAAAGUCAAGAAUAUAGUGUGUACAAUGGGACUGAAGUGGUAUCCACAUCCAGAGGUGCUCCACUGCAUCAAAAGAUGUGAUCCGUUCAUUGGAGACAAUUACUGUGACUCGGUCAACAACAGAGCCUUCUGUAACUACGACGGAGGGGACUGCUGCCACUCCACCGUCAAGACCAAGAAGGUAAUCCCGUUCCCCAUGUCCUGUGACAUACGGGAAGACUGUGCCUGCCGAGACCCCAAAGCUGCAGAGAACAGGAAAGAAGAGCACGUCCACUCCCUGGGGUGACACUCCUUCCUUGCGCCCCCCCCCCCCACCCCAAACCCUCACCCCAAAACCACCCACACCUGGACUGGGACCGAAAGCGACCCGCUGUCCCCUUCCUCCCCCUAACCUCCUCCACAUGCUGCUUUACAGGAGUAGCUCUCCACCCAUACUGCACCCCCCUAACAGACACCUGCCUCCGACUUCUCCACAUUGGGAAAGAUGAACAGACCAGACUAGAUAGGCUAAGGGAAAACCCAUUUCUUAAAGAAAGGAAAGAAUCUGCAAAGUCACCAACCACCAAAACAUCUACAGCAAGAGAAAAAAAGAAAACACAAAUACAAAACAUUUUUUGGAAUGAACAAUAUAUAUAAAAAAUUAGCCCAAAACAAACCCAGACUGGAUAGCAUGUCUUUUGUUUAGUUUGGUGCCAGCUUCCGUGUCCAUUUAAAACCGUACAAUCUCAUAUGAUUCUCCCUCAGCCCCCCCCCCCCUAAAAGAUAUGUUAUCCAUAUCAUAUGGAAGGGGGGGGAUUGAAGUCAUCAAUGGUGGCACUGAAUGACAGACAGAAGGACUAUUGCCAAAAUAACAGAUAGUAUGAAUGCACUUGACGUGCCCUCAUGUUGUAUUGCUCCAGAGCUGGUGAGAGUGCCAUUCCUGGAGAUAUCACAGCACAGGGUUCAGGCUGUCAGUUCCCUCUGUCUUCUAUCGAUGGAAAUGCGUUUUCUUUUUCUUCAUAUAUCACAGGCUUAGAAGUUGGUGGGGAUAUAGGCGACCAUAUUGAUAAAGAGAUUCAAACCAGAGAAGUCUAACAUAUUACAGGAAGUGACAUCACAUGCAAUGAAGACAUAUUGCAAUGCAAAAAAAAAAAAACUGUUAUUAUGGCUGCUCCUGCUGCUACUACUUUUGCUGCUACUUUGCCAUAUGACCAACUGCAUACUAUUACUACCCAGUGAGGUUGGACGGAGCCCCGUCUGCCGUACCGCUUACCUCCUAACACCAUGCAUUAGUGGACACUUGUAUCUGCAUGUACAGUACACUCAACUCAAACCGAGAAUAAACACUCCUGCAACAUUGCAAAUGGUUAGUGGAGAAAAACCCCCAGUUGCAAUAGCCUCAUAAUGUUGAUGUCUAACCUCAGAAAACAUAACACCUCACAUUUCCAUUUCUAUACCUUUUUGGUUUAUGCAGUCCAAUAGGCCUAAGACUUAAUAGGUUAUUUGUCUAUCAGAGAAUAUACCAGAAAUGUCUCACCAAAAGCAAUGUUGACUCGACACAAAAAUGCAAUACUUAAUACUGAAUUUAAAACGACUUCAAGAAUGUGAUUGACACUUGAAAACACAGAACCUGGUGAAUAGUAGUCAGUGUUCAUUCACAACUACAUCCUCCAACGGUUUCCAGCGGCAUAGUAUAGCCUUGACUUCAAUAGGCUUAGUUCAACAGUACAUACGCAUACAAACAACAUGGAGGCUUUCCUCAUUUUAGUAGACAUCUGGAUGUAUUCAUUGUCAACAAGUAGCAUUUAGAACAGCAGUAGUAGUAGUACAUUUUAUGCCUAAGACACUAUUGUCUUGGCUUCUCUUGAGCCCAAUGGCUUGACAGACUGCAUGUGUUUAGUAGCCCAGCUUGGCCUUUUCUUACCUGCAUUAGUGCUGGAGGUGCCAUCCCUGGCACUAGUAGUGUGACUUUUGUACCUAUCCCCCCCAUUAACCACACAACAACCUUUACUUAAAAUAGACUCACCUUUCAUAGCCCAGAAACAAAUGUGCAAAUACAGAUACACUCACACACACACACACACCUGUAUAACUGAGUCCUCCUCAUCAGCAUAUUGUCAUGAAGGCUGCUUGGCUUAAGGUCCACAGGCUGCUGCUCCAUGUUUCAGCCAUCCCUGGGCUAUCUGGUCAUAAAUGUAUACAACCCUGUGUAUUCCUCUUAGGCUACGUUCACACAGGCAGCCCAAUUCUGAUCUUUUUUUCAUUAAUUGACCGAUCACAUCAGGUCUUUUCACAUCAGCUCUGAAAAAGACAGAUUAGUGAAGAAAAUAUCAGAAUUGGGCUGUUUUCAGUCCAUGUCUCGGAAGUUCAGCGUCACAGCUUGAUUGAAAUGUAAAGGCAUUUGUUCUUGCGUUAGCGGAGACUGCAUUCACUGUAAACGCUGCAUAUAUCGACUCAAUCGGAAAUAACCUUUACAUUUUUCUAGCGCACAAUCUGUAACGCUUAGAGCCCUUGAAUAGAGCCCUAAACGCUCUCAUCCGGUAUGGACCAAUGGGAUGGUCCCUUUGACUCCUCAACAUAGGCUGCUAUAAGGCAUUCCAGAAUAUUCCCAUACACCUUUCAGUUCUGACCAAUCACUGGUCAUCAUAGAUACAGACAGAGUAGAGAGAUAGUAGGACAAUACCACGUCACACAGUAAAGUAGGGAGACAUUUCAACGUCAAAUGUACAAUGUAAAUAUGACAUUUUCAGUGUAAUACUGCUUUUUUUACGCCUGUAGAGGUGAAAAAAGACAACUUUACAAUUGUUCUCCUGUUAAAUUUUCUCAUUUAUGUUACAUUUUUUACAAAAUGUCGUAAUAUUUCAUCAGUAUUUGUAUUAUUUACCUCAGUUACUGCACUUUUAGGUUGCCUUUUAAGAAGAAAAAUAUAUGUCAAAACGUUUAGAAGCUGCUAUUGUCAGAAAGGUGAUUUGAAAAAGUGUAUGAUGUUUUUGUCAUUUGACACUCCUAUGCUAUUACUAUUAGCUUUCCUGUGAUUAGCAUCGUUGUAUUCCCACCCGUAUCCAUUAUCAUAUGAUUACGAUAUUAUUGUAUCAAGGCUAUAUAACCUGGGACUUGCGCCAUUUUUUUAAAUGUAGGUUCAAAUAUAAGUCAGAUGUACACGUUUUGAAAUAUUAUACAUGAUAUGAAAGCAUUAAUGUAUUUUGUGUUCCUCCUGGUUAGGAGACAAACGUUAAAUUUUUUUCUCCAUGGUUUGUGUAAUGCACCAUCGUGGCGUGGAAACCAUGGAACCAUGGAGAACGGAUAACUAAAUGAAGAAACUACCCCCCAAAAAAGGGACUCUAGAAAGUUACAGAGUUUAAAGACUUUAUUAACCUGAGUGAAGGAACUGUGGAGACUACAUUCAUUGUUAUAUAGCCUACAUCAGCUUCGACAAUUGUGCAUUUAACACUUUAUACAAUAUAUAUAUCCCUGGUAAAUUGAACUGUGUUAUGUUGAUAUAAUCAAAUGGUAUGAAAUAAUACUCCAAAUACUGCUGCUUUCAUUAGAGAUAUUACUAGUAGGGAGAGAUUCAACAGCACUACACAAAGCCAACAACCGUACUGUGGAUUAUCAUCAUCUGCCAACACUCUCACAGGACUUCUAAAAAGUCAUCCAUAGACUAACCCAAGGGUUAUCUUGCCAUUGGACCCUCCCUUCCCUCAAACUGGACAAACAUUAUAGAUCUGUCAUCUCUUUCACCCCCCCUUUCUUUCACUUAACUACAGCUCCUGUCUUCGACACUGUCUUGUGUCGUCAUCCUCAUCAAUGUCAUUACACAGUCCGGAGACCAGAAACAGUGACUCUCCGAGAAAGGGAUAUGACAGUCUUUACAGAAUGUGACUGCUUCUGUGUCAACAUGUACACAGCCCAUGAUGUAUGGUCUGGCUUUAGUCUUCUGAUGUGUUCUCUGUACUGGGCAAGGUACUGUUCCAAAGCCAUAAAGCCAGGACGUUAUGAAAUGAAGUUUCAGAUGUGAUGUUUUGUAUACAAGAACAUCGCCUCUCUACUGUAAGCCACCACAACAUACCUUCGCUGUACCUCAUGCCUGUAAUGUUUGCUGCUUCUAUAUGUUGGUAUUUAGUGAUUUUUGCGUCUCUUAGCAAUGGUGUAAAUAGUAGAACUAUUUAUUGAGAGUGUUAUACUUUUUUAAGUUAUAUUUAAUGUUCAUGUAAAUUAUUUUUUACAUUGCUCUUAUAAACAGACAUAUUGGUUGUGAGUUAAAACCUAUUUUUUAUCUUCCUUUAAUUGUCAUUUUAUUUCUGUCACAAUGCCGUUGUCACAAUGCCGUUGUCACAAAGCGCUGGUCAAGGUUGUUGUCUCAUUGGUCACUGGGGUAGAUAGACACUACUCUCGCCCAUUGAGAAUUCCCCACAUGUUUAUGCAGUGCAGAAGUAUAAUUUCUUUCAUUUCUAUAUUGCAAAUCCAGAAUGUUCUGUCAUUUUCCACAUUUUAUUUUAUUUGAUAACUCUUCAAUAGUAAACCGAACUUGCUCUAAGGGGAGAACCUAUAUCAUGUUGAAGUAGGUAGAUCCAUACUCAAUGAACUCUGAGGAGUGGUCAGGCAGCCGGGGGUGCUCCAGGUGGGUUGAUGAUAGAGGGGCUAGAGAAGGGGUGGGAUGGGUGGAGGUGGGCUGCUUUUCCUGGCGGUCCUGGGUAUUUGUCCAGGUGUAAAAACUGUGUACACACAGAGCUGCCCCUGGGCCAGGACCGAUGAGUCUCCAAGUUUCUCUUGGAGGCGGCGGCUGUUCACUGCAGCACUCCCCUCCUGACACUCCGGGCCAUCUGUCACUGUCAGGCUGGCGUAGCGGUCAGGUCGGAUAGGGAAUGCCUUGGAGGUGAGGUGGGCCGCAUGGAAGAGCAGGGAGGAGGGAGAACUGGAAUACUACCUAACAUAUGAGCCCUAGAGUGCAGCAGGUUGAGGAACUGCUCUGUCCUUCACUGUCAGACCAGAGGAGUAAAAUAAAUCAACAUUUGAAAUGCAUGGCAGAGCGUCCGUUUCAAUGUCUUUACAUUAGUGGUGGAAAAAGUACCUAAUUGUCAUACUUGCGUAAAAGUAAAGACACCUUCAUAGAAAAUGACUCAAGUAAAAGUG